UUUUGUCAACCAACAUAGUUUUCGCUUAAAGUACUAUUUUACCAUACCCCAUUGAAUGCCAUCCCCGUUCAAAACUCUACUACCACUCGCCAUUCAAUUACAAAUCCCUAAUCUACUACAAAUUUCCCAUCUGUCAUAAAUUUCAACAAAUAAUCCGAAACAACUAGCCUAAGAAAAUCCACAAAAAAUACACCGUCUUCCUUCACCAACGCUUAUCAAUCGCCUGCGUGGAAAAGAGAAACCAUCAUCCCAAAAUACCAACGCAUGCUCACUCUAUCCCCAACCAACCAAAAGAAAAAGAAAGAAAAAACGAAAAAAUCUCAACCACUGCAGAAAGCAAAAUAUCGAUUUUCAGCACACAAGGUAGUUCUCGAGGAAGUUUGUGUGAUUCGUUGUGUGCUAAUUUUUUCGCGAACUCUCAAAAUUCAUAGAAAUUAAUUCAAAUAAAUUCCGAAUCGUGUGCGAAAUCGAUUGCAAAUGAUAAACUAAAGUGGAAUUUAUUCGAAAAACUCUUACAGCACGAGUGAGUGCGCUUUGGAAGAAGCAGUGGGAAAGAACACUCCCAUCUCUCACAUUCGAUUCAAGUGUGUUCACAGAAUCGACAAAAAGAAAAACGAACAAAAAUCUAAGAAAAAACGACACCCAAACGUAAUCUCGAAGUGCUAAGUUUAGUUGAACAAUUAGCAAUCUAUUUGGAGUACGUCCCUCGCGGAGUGUAGUGCCAAUUGUCCAAUCGCCAGUAUCGCCAAACAACAAGAAAACCCGUGUCUCACGAACCGAAAGUGAGUCAUAAAGUCUUUUUUUUUUCCUCCUCUCGUUCGUUUUCUUCUUCCGUAGAGCUCCGAAUCCGAAGCAAUCGACCACAAAAAGAGCAAAAUCCCAAAAAAAUAAGUAAAUGAAGACUCUGGAAGCAGAGUGUUGAAUCGAAUUCGUAUUCGGAAAAAGUGCGUGCGACUCCUCGAGUCGAUUCGAUUUGAUUUGAUUCGGUGUUAAAAAGAAAAGCAACAAACGAGACACGGGAACGAUAAAACGACAAAACGACGAGCGACGAAAGUAAAAAUAAAAAAAAAGUGUACUAGUGUACCGCCCGCUUGUGAACUACACCAAACUCUCUACCGACCGACCUACCCGACCACCGCCUCCCACCUCUUUUUCUUCUUCUUCUUCUCUUGUUCGUAUAUAGAGAGACAAUAACCAUCUCAUCAGUGUAGACCCAGAAGCUACUUAACACCUCCACCUCAAAACUUAAAAAAACUAAAAAAGAAAAAUGACGAAAGACAGAUUAGCAGCGUUGCACGCUGCCCAAUCGGAUGACGAAGAUGUCGCCCAGGACGAUGUAGCCGUCAAUGUCGAAGGACGCGAUGGCUAUAUGGAUGACUUCUUCAAUCAAGUCGAAGAAAUCCGUGAAAUGAUUGACAAAGUUCAAGACAAUGUCGAAGAAGUCAAAAAGAAACAUAGCGCCAUUCUGUCAGCGCCACAAUCUGACGAGAAAACCAAACAAGAAUUGGAAGAUCUGAUGGCUGAUAUCAAGAAGAACGCCAACAGGGUGCGCGGCAAGCUGAAGGGCAUCGAACAAAACAUCGAACAGGAAGAGCAGGCAAACAAAUCGAGUGCGGAUCUGCGAAUCCGCAAAACCCAACACUCCACCUUGUCCAGGAAGUUCGUCGAGGUCAUGACCGAAUACAAUCGCACCCAGACCGACUACAGAGAACGCUGCAAAGGCAGAAUACAACGUCAACUAGAAAUCACCGGUCGGGCCACCACCAACGACGAGCUCGAAGACAUGCUGGAACAGGGCAAUCCAGCUGUAUUUACUCAAGGCAUCAUUAUGGAGACACAACAGGCCAAACAGACACUAGCCGAUAUCGAAGCUCGACACGCUGACAUUAUGAAACUCGAGACGUCCAUUAAGGAAUUGCACGACAUGUUCAUGGACAUGGCUAUGUUGGUUGAGAGCCAAGGCGAGAUGAUCGAUCGCAUCGAGUAUCAUGUGGAGCACGCUAUGGAUUAUGUGCAAACCGCCACACAGGACACAAAGAAGGCUCUCAAGUACCAGAGCAAAGCCCGCCGGAAGAAGAUCAUGAUUCUCAUUUGUUUGACUGUGCUGGGUAUCAUGGCUGCAUCAUAUGUUAGCAGUUAUUUCAUUUUUAAAUAAAAUUGAAAAGAAAGUCCCUGCAUGUGAGCUGCCCUUGUCGCCGCCUUUCAUCCAUUGACUAACCCACAACCACAACCAGCACCAGAACCACCCCGCUCAGUCAACCAAAUAAUCGUCUUCGUCGUCGUCGUUGUGGUGUUCGGCGUCAUCAUCGUCAUAAUGGUCAUCAUCUCAUCAUCAAUAUAAAAAAACGGCCUUACAAGUUACAAACUACAAGGAGAAGGGAACUUCUUGUUGUCGUCGUUUACAUUUUUAAAGCUUAAAUGGGCUUUAAAUCCAGUGCAUCAACAGAAAAACUUAAUCACAAUCCACCAACCCUCUGACUACGACUCGUGAGUCAACUUACAACCUACAACCCACAAACAAAACCCCUACAAACCAACAAGUAAAAUCAACAACAAAAAUUGCUCAGCUUCAUUCUGCAAUAAACAGGUUGUUUUAAAUAAGCAGCGCCAGUAAAAAGAAAAAAAUAUUAAGUCCGCUACUGCUACUAUCAAAAAGUUAAUCGACUAUUUUCUUCCUCCUCCUCUCAAAACACACCCAGUAACCCAGGAUAGGAUAACACGCAAUGGAAAUAAACAAUAAACAACACAAAUUAUACAAUUAUUAUUAUUAUUAUAAUAAAUUGCCUACAAUACUUAAAACCAAACAAAAAAAAUAGAACAAAACUAAAAAAUAAAAACAGUGUUAUAUUUAAAUUUAAACAAAAAAAUUAAAAAAAUGUUAAUUUUAUUUCUUAAACUAUUUAUUGUUAAUUAAGUAUGAUUUAGUCCGGUGCGACGUUGUGAUCAAUUUUUGUAUAUAAAAUAGAUUCAUAUACAUAUACAUAAUAUAUAUAUAUAUACAUUAAUAUCUUAAUAUUUAUUAUUAAUAUUAUUAUUAGUAAUUAUAAUGUGAUGUUAAAUUUAAAUACAAACAAAAGGAAAAUAAAAAAAAAUUAAAACCAAAAGUAAAAAAUAAAUUAAACCAACAAAAAACAAAAAAAAAUUACAAAACAUAAAUACAAUUUCUUAACUAAAUAUUUCUUUUUUGUUUAUUAUUUUCAUAUUUUUUUAAUUAAUAGAAAAUAUAAUUGUUGUAAAACGGCUAUACAUAAAAAGCAAAAUUUAAAAUUUUAAUAAAUAAAUAGUAGAAAGAAAAAAAACAUACAUAUUGGCAACCAAGGCGCGUUCCUAUGCAACAGAACAUCUUUUUUGUUUUUAAUAAACAAAUAAAUUAAUAAAUUUAUAAAAAUUAAAGAAAAUUACGGUUGAAGAUAAAUAUAUAUAAUAUUCAAUAACUUUUUUGGCAACAAUAAUGAAAAAUUUUGAAAAUCGUUUCUUUUUUUGUUUCGUUUUCAAUUGAUAUUGUUUCCAUAUUUAUUUAUAAUUUUUAGCAACAUUCUUAUUCUUGUUAAAAUUUGUAUAUUUUUUACAUAUAUAAAUGUUAUUCAAUUUAAUGAACAAAACAAAUCAUAUUAAAUGCGGUUACACUUAGUGAGUGAAUAGAGCGAUUAUUAAAAUGAAAUAAAAUUAUUAAAAAAAAAAUAAUUAGAAAUUUAAAUUUUAAAACAAAUUGUUUAUGUUUUUAGGAGCACAAAAUAUUAAACAAAAAACUAAAUAAAACAAAAAAAAACUCCGCACUGUUAGUACUGUAUAAAAAUUAUUAUAAA